CAAGACACCGUCAAUACCACCAACACCAACACCAACACCAGCACCAACACCAACACCAACACCACAGAUGAUCGUCCGUCCAAGAGUCCUUCCCGAUGCCCGUCUCCCGCUUCGGCUGCCGGCCCUCGGUCUGGAUGAGCCUGUCGAUAUCCGCUCCAUCAGCACCGGGCGUCACCUCAUCCUCAUCACCAUCAAAAACCUCUGGUGCCCCGUGUGCCCGCACCUCCUCAACAUCCUCACCUUCCUUGGUUUCGACCAAGGACUAUCGCAGCCGAUCUCGAUCACCCCCAACGCUGCUCCCCGCAGCCUUGUCGACCCGUUUAACCAGUCUGUCCGAUCGAUUCCGGAGCGCGAGGUCGCCAGCAACCGCCAUUUGUUGACCCAGGACGCUGCCUUUCUGAUCCUGACCCCGGGUCCCCGCGACGAAGCCGUUGUGCUGAGGCAGUCCCUGGGGGGCCUAUGGAACUCCGUCCCUUUUGUUCUGGAUGACGGUCUGUGGCUCGCCGGUAUGCUGGGGCUUCGAUUCCCGAUGGGCAUUGUGCCGGCCUGCUGUCUCGUCAAGGAGGACGGAAGUCUGGAGGAAAUCCUCAUUGGUCGAGGAGAGGGAUACUAUGGCGACGACUACAUCAUGAAGUUCCUACGUCGCUCCCGCUUUGAUACCGAAAACGAUGCUCAGUACUCCAUCACCGUGACCCGGAUCAUGGCAGAGACUCUCGGCAACAAAGUUGCCCUUGGACGAUACACAUUUGCCCCGCUUCCACCAGAGCUCCUCGGCCGAGUCCUGGCGUACCUCGGCGACAGGGACCUCGUCUGCGCCGCAGCCACGAGCACAAGCUGGAGGCGGACGGCCCUCGAUGUCGUGCGCAAACGCCUGGUGGCAGCAAUCUCGGGGCUUCAGCGAGCCCUUCCAAGAAGUGCAAACGGAACGAUCACGCCCAUCAACGUCAACACAGGCUGCUUCCCAGAGGACACUGUUGAGUUUGGCGAGGGAGUCAAGAAGAUCGACCGACUUAGGGACGAGCUGAUGGAGUUGCGCGACUUUGCCAAAGCUAUGCUGGUUCAGGUUGGUCUUUGACCCCAUCCAAGAACUACCCAUGAGCUCUGCGACGUGCUGCUCAAGUCGAGGUGUAUUUGCCGCCAGAGCGUCUCCUCCGACAAGCAGCAAAUACAGGAUAAGGAUGUGGCAAGCACGACGACGCGGGGUGCUUGUCCAUAUCGAUCCAUUCCAAGCUGUCAUCAGCCCCGGAUGGCAUGGCUGUCGGGAUCUGUUGCAAAGCAUCGGUGUUACUGAUCUGGCGAUUUUUGACGUGGUACUCGCAUCUGCGGUGCACCCAAACCAUCGCAAUCUCGCCGCUUGCGCAUGCUGUUGAUGGCAGUGUACUCUUUGUACCGCAAGGACAGGCUCACACAGUUUCUUGAGUCUGGCAAGCAAAACGGGGGCUGGGGGCGGGUGACUUA